AUGUCCAUCCUCGUCACUGGAGGCGCCGGCUACAUUGGCUCACACACCGUCAUCGAGCUCAUCCAAAACAACUACAGCGUCAUCAUCCUAGACAACUUAUCCAAUUCUUCAUACGACGCCAUUGCCAGAAUAGAAUUCAUCGUUGGAAGAAGUAUCCCCUUUUACAACAUCGAUCUAAGAGACCAUGACAAGCUAUCCCAACUAUUCCAAUCUAAUGAUAUCAAGAGUGUCAUCCAUUUCGCUGCUUUGAAAGCCGUUGGUGAAUCAACAAAGAUACCUCUAACUUAUUAUGACAACAAUAUCAAUGGUACAAUCAAUUUAUUGAAAAUCAUGAAUCAAUUCAAUGUUAAAUCAAUUGUCUUUAGUUCAUCCGCUACUGUUUAUGGUGACGCCACUAGAUUUGAAAACAUGAUUCCAAUCCCUGAAUCUUGUCCAAAUGAUCCAACAAACCCAUAUGGUCAAACUAAAUACACCAUUGAACAAAUCAUUCAUGAUUUAUACAAGAGUGAUCCAACUUGGAAAGCCGCUAUCCUAAGAUAUUUCAAUCCAAUUGGUGCUCAUCCUUCCGGUUUAAUUGGUGAGGAUCCCCUAGGAAUACCAAACAAUUUAUUACCAUAUCUAGCUCAAGUUGCAAUUGGUAGACGUGAAAAAUUAUCAAUCUUUGGUAAUGACUAUGAUUCUCAUGAUGGAACUCCAAUUAGAGAUUAUAUCCAUGUUGUUGACUUGGCAAAAGGUCAUAUCUCUGCUCUAAACUACCUUGAACAGAAUCAAUCUGGGUUAUUUAGAGAAUGGAAUUUAGGUACUGGUAAAGGUUCCACUGUUUUUGAUGUUUAUAAUGCUUUUUGUAAAGCGGUUGGUAAAAAUCUACCAUAUGAAGUUGUUGGUAGAAGAGAUGGUGAUGUCUUGAACUUGACUGCUGAUCCUAAAAGAGCAAAUAAUGAAUUGAAAUGGUUUGCAAAAUUAUCAAUCCAAGAUGCUUGUGCUGAUUUAUGGAAAUGGACUAUUGAAAAUCCAUUUGGUUUCAAUAUUGAAGGUUAUAAAUGGGAACAAUUUGGUGAAACUAGAUUACAUCAUGUCGAAAUCAAAGAUUUUAAAAUCUCAAUAAUGAAUUAUGGUGCAACUGUUCAAGAUUUGAAAAUUGGUGAGGAGUCACUAGUUCUUGGGUUCAAUGAUUUCCAAAGUUAUAAAUCAAAUGGAAAUCCUUAUUUUGGUGCAACUAUUGGUCGUUAUGCAAAUAGAAUAUCAAAUGGUGAAUUUAAAUUAAAUGGUAAAGUCUUUAAAACUGAUGUCAAUGAAAAUUCAAAUACUCUACAUGGUGGUGCUAAUGGAUUUGAUAAACAACAUUGGCUAGGUCCAAUUGCUCAAAUUUCAGGUGAUUCUACAAUCUUGCAAUUCAAAUUAAUUGACCAAGAGCAAUCAAAUGGAUUCCCAAAUCAAGUGGAAACUAUAGUUAAGUUUAUUGUUGGUUAUAAAUCAUUGGAAAUUGAAUAUCAAGCUAAUUCUAAUGGUCCAACUCCAAUCAAUUUAACAAAUCAUUCCUAUUUUAAAUUGGGUAAUGACAUUGAUAUCAAUUUAUCAACUAAAAAAUACUUAGAAACUUCCAAUGGCCUACCAACUGGUGAAAUCUUGGAAAUCCCAUCCCAAAACUUCAAACUUGAAGAUCGCAAAUUUGAUGAUUGUUUUAUCCUCAAUGAAUCAUCAUCAAUUGAUACAAGAUCAAAUCAAUUGAUUGAAAUUUUCAAAGCUUCAACUCCCUCACAUUCAUUAACAAUUCAAUCAACUGAACCUUCUUUCCAAUUCUACACUGGUGAUGGUGUAAACAUCCAAAAUUUCCAUUCAAGAUCAGGUUUUGCAGUGGAACCUGGUAGAUUUAUUGAUGCAAUUAACUCACCAAUUUAUUCAAAUCAAGUUGUGCUAAAUAAAGAUGAAACUUAUGGUUCCAAAACAAAAUAUAUUUUCAACUAA